UUUAAGGAAGACUCCCAACCGGCUUUGUCCUCCCUUAUUUGCAAACUCGAAGACUUUAAAAGAGUGGCUUAAACCCUAGCCGCUCUCUCGAUUUCACUUCUUCCCUUCUCCUUAAACCCCAAAGAAAGAUCUCUCCUUUUUUCCUUCUCAGAGAUGGCAUUGUUCAACAAAGUUGGAAGUCUUAUCAGUCAGAGCUCCAGAGCUAGUGCAUCAAUUGCUCCUGUUCCUAUGUCGUCCAUGCUUAACUCCAUACGCUGCAUGUCCUCCAAGCUCUUUGUUGGGGGCCUUUCAUGGGGAACUGAUGAUGGCGCAUUGAAAGAUGCGUUUUCAGGCUUUGGUGAGGUAGUUGAGGCUAGGGUCAUCACUGACAGAGAUACUGGGAGAUCAAGGGGUUUCGGAUUUGUGAGCUUCAGCAGCUCCGAAAUGGCCAACUCAGCUAUGUCUGCCAUGGAUGGCCAGGCCUUGGACGGAAGGAAUAUUCGCGUGAGUAUCGCCCAAGAGAGAUCAUCGGCUCCUAGAAACAACUUUGGAGGAGGUAACGGCUACGGAGGAGGUUACGGAGGAGGAAACUCAAACUACGGAGGAGGUUACUGAAGAGGAGGUUCCCAUGGCUAUGAAUGAAGAUGGGACCUGAAACAAGAGAAACACCCACUGUUUAUAGUCUUCGGUUUAAACAUGCUUUCAUUUAGGGGUCGAAUUUGUUGGUUUAGGUUUUCUGCUUUUGCUUGGAGGAACUCUAUUAUGCAUGUAUGAAUUCAACUAACGGAUUUGGAGCUGUUUCUAUUUUUAUAAUUUUUGUUCCCUCUCCAAACAUGGGUGAAAACUGAAGAGGAGGAAUAUCUACUGUGUGAGUGUGACCUUUGCAAAAUAAGUCUGGGCCGACAAAGAGGAUAUAACAUAUUGAAUGCAAUUUGGGCCGGUUGAUUCUUUUCAAUCUAAAAAACAUAUUGUAGUGAAGUGCGCUCUAGUUAUCCAGUCCAACAUAUUCAGUUUCUUAAGAACGAAUUUGUAGGGUAAUGGAUUGGAAAUGUAAACUCUAUUUAUUUAUUUAACUUAAUUGGUCUAGUAUGUUGUUUAAAGAAAGAAUGAUUAAAAGAAAUAUUGAAUCAUCCAAAUAAGUAGUAUUUUCACUUUUCCAAAAUAAUCCAGUUUGGAUUUUCAUUUGUUC